AUGGGCUCGCAGGGGCACCGGAGAGGGGCAAGGGGCCCGAAGAAAGAUUUCCAGAGACCCAAGGUGCUCAAACGGAAACGAGAAGAAGAAGACCUCGAAACCCUUGCACAGCGGGUAGCCAACUUCGAUGCGAAAUCUGCGUCUCCGCCAGAGAACUUCGUCGACCUCCCAUUGUCUCAAGCGACCCAAGACGGGCUCGCAGCCUCGCACUUCAAAACCUUGACUACGAUCCAAAGCAGGACAAUACCGCUUGCGUUGCAGGGUGCGGAUAUUCUGGGCGCAGCAAAGACGGGGUCGGGCAAGACACUGGCAUUUCUUGUCCCCGUACUAGAAAACUUGUACCGCAAGAGAUGGACGGACUACGAUGGUCUGGGAGCGCUGAUACUCUCUCCCACCCGAGAGUUGGCCAUCCAGAUCUUCGAGGUGCUGCGGAAAGUCGGCCGCAUCCACACUUUUUCUGCUGGCUUGGUGAUUGGGGGCAAAAGUCUACAAGAGGAGAGAGAACGACUCGGACGGAUGAACAUUCUGGUCGCCACGCCGGGGAGGAUGCUACAGCACAUGGACCAGACGGCGGAAUUGGAUAUUGGAAAUUUGCAAAUGCUUGUCCUGGACGAGGCGGACAGAAUUAUGGACAUGGGGUUCAAGCAGACCAUUGACGCCCUGCUUGAGCACCUUCCCCCGGAUAGGCAGACUCUCAUGUUCAGCGCCACUCAGACGAAGAAGGUUUCCGACCUCGCAAGAUUGAAUCUGAAAGAACCGGAAUUUGUCUCUGUCCACGAAGCAGCCGAUAGCGCUACGCCGUCGUCCUUGCAACAGAACUACGUCGUCACCCCACUGCCAGAAAAGCUCGAUACCUUGUGGUCCUUUAUCCGUGCAAACGUCAAAAAGAAAAUCCUGGUCUUCCUAAGCAGCGGCAAGCAGGUUCGCUUUGUGUACGAAGCCUUUCGGCACCUCCAGCCUGGUAUCCCCUUGCUGCACCUGCAUGGACGACAAAAGCAAACGGCUCGGGUUGAGAUCACUACAAAAUAUUCAAACAGUAAAUACGUAUGCUUGUUCUCGACGGAUGUCGCUGCCCGAGGAUUGGACUUCCCUGCUGUGGAUUGGGUCGUCCAGGUUGACUGUCCGGAAGACGCUGACACUUAUAUCCACCGAGUGGGGCGAACAGCACGGUUCGAGCACGAUGGCCGGGCGGUGUUGUUCCUCGACCCGAGUGAAGAAGAAGGCAUGUUGAAUGCGCUAGCGAAAAAGAAGGUCAGCCCCGAGAAGAUGAACGUCCGGCAAAAGAAAAUGCAGCAGACCAUCCGAAACCAAUUGCAGAAUAUGUGUUUCAAAGACCCCGAGUUGAAGUACUUGGGACAGAAAGCUUUUAUAAGCUAUGUGCGCAGUGUCCAUAUUCAAAAGGACAAGGAGACAUUCGAUCUGAAAAAGCUCGACCUGGAAGCUUUUGCUGCGAGUCUGGGCCUUCCUGGCGUACCUCGCGUCAAGUUCGUCAAAGGAGAGGAUGCAAAGGCGAAGAAGAACGCUCCGAGACAACUACUGGCCGCGCUGGAGUCGAGCAGCGAUGAGAGUGAUGCUGAAGGAGAGCAGCGAUCCAAACAAAAACAACGGAAUGGAGGAGUCAGGACGAAAUACGACCGUAUGUUCGAACGGCGCAACCAGGACGUCCUGGCCGAGCAUUACACAAAGUUGAUUGAGGACGACGAGGAAGAUGACGGCAGCGACGACGACGCGGCAUCGAAAACAAACGGCGCCGCCACCGCUAAUGACGAGGUGGACGAUUUUCUCUCGAUAAAACGCCGCUUCGAAGCCGGCGACUCGGAUCUCGACCAGGACAGCGGUAACGAUAGCGACUCGAGCUCGUCAAGAAACCCCUCUCACGCACCCUCGUCAACGAAACGAACGAAAGGAUCUUCAUCCCUGGAAACCAAAACCAUCCAACUCUCCACCAACCCCUCCGCCCCUCCACUAACCAUCGACUCCCACCGGCGCGAGAAACUCCUAGCGUCCAAAAAGAAGCUGCUAAAGUACCGCGGCAGAGGAUCUCACCUGACCUUUGACAGUGACAGCGACACGCCCAGGGACAAAAAGGCGUACCAGGACGAAGACCAGUUCACGGGCAAGGCGGAGGAGGAGAGGCGGGCGUUUUUGGAAAGAGAGGCCCAGAGAGCGAGGGAGGCGGAUGUCGUGGACAAGGAGAUCGCGAGGGGUAAGAGGAGGGAGAAGAAGGAGAAAAGGAAGGAGAGGGAGAGACAGCAGCGCGCAGGAGGUGGUGGGGAAGGAGGACGAAGAGAAGGAGACGGAGAGGAAGACGAGGUCGGCGGAUACGGCGUCCAACUGGUCCCGUACGAGGAUGACGCCGCCGCCGACCUCGAAGCUGCAGAGGACGAGGCCCUUCAAGAUCAGUCCUCCCCGACCGAACACGAACCCAAACCCAAACGCCAGAAGAAAUGGUUCCAAGACUCGCCGUCUGCGUCCGAUGAGGAUGACUACACCAAGGGCAAGGAGAAGAAGAAGAAGAAAGGCAAGAACCGCCGCGCCACAGAUGGCGGUGCCCAACCGCCGCAGACACUGGAGGAUCUGGAGGCCUUGGCCUCUGGUCUCCUCGCGACCGGCUAG